AUGGAAGUUGUUAAGAAUGAGGUGGUAACGAUGAACAACAGUGCCCUCACCCUCUAUAAAUGUCAAAAUCUGAAAAUGAACUUCAUUUACAUUGAUUCUACACAGGUGAGCCCUGUAAUUUCACAUUAUUUAGAGGUUGAUUAUAACAAACUUACACAUUUAAUUGAAUCCCGUAUUAUUAGGAUGCAACUGAUGAAACAAUAUCCCUCCCCAUUCCCUCUUAGCAGAAGGCUGGAACUGAGUCUAAUGGUAAAGAACCCCCCGUUAAGGAGAGCUGUUCCCAUUACAUUGUCAAAGGUAGAUAGUUGACAUUCCUCUUUUCCAUCAAUUUCAAGUAUCUUUCAAGAGCAUAUAGAGAAAAUCACUAAAUCAUAUGUAUUAUUUUGAAUACUGUACAUCUUUUAACCUCUCUGUCUGGCCUUCAACCAUCAUCCCAGGUGAGUACUGAGAUGGCUAAUGUCCACGAUGGACAAGUGCCUUGAGAGAACAAUGUCAAUCCCUGGAGAAUGUUUUUGUUAUAUUUUAUUUUCUGGAUGCCUGCCUGGAAAUUAAACUAAGGGAAGGACUGCAUAACACGUUAUUCUGUGUUAUUCAGUAUUUUGAUUGAUUAUGUCAUGUAAAUGACUUUAUUCUCUCUAAUCAUCAUUAUAGAUGGAGACAAUCCUGAUACAAACCGUGGUGACACUGGUUUGAACUGGAUAAUCAUUGGUGAGUGUUUAUGCAAAUCUAUCACCACAGCUUCCUCUGUAUGAGCAAAUUACAAGUAAAUCUGACCACAAAAUGAUGCUACAAAGAUCAACUACUGUUAGAAAGCUAUUUUAAAACCUUUUCAUGUUUGUGUAAAUAUGAUGUCAACAUCUGAUGACUACGUUUUGUUUUUCAGUUGUCGUGGUGGUCAUUGCUGGUCUGCUCUUAGUGCUUUUAUGUGUGCAUAAACCUUGGAGAGACAAACAGCGGUGAGUACCCUAUAUAACUGCUUUUGUGUUUGUGAAGGGAGCUCUUUAAGUCAAUUAGAAUUGUUGCAGGAUGAGAACAGCCUGGAACUUGCAGGCCACUUACAGACUAUAGACUUGUCUGCCAUUUUGUCAAGUUACUGUUGUUUAUCAAACAUUAUCCUUCAUUUCUUAUUAAUGUAAUAAUCUCAUCUUUAGCAACCAAGGCCACAGAGACGUGGAAGAGGGUCAGGGCAAUCCAGAACCAAUCUCCAUUCCUCUGAUGCAGAAUGAGCAACGUGAUGCCAGGUAAACCUUUCCACAUCACUUUAAUGAUCUUUAAUUAACCACUGAAUGAUAGCGUCACUGUCUUCAGAUGUUGCUUUGGGUCAUAUUAGUUUAUUUCUCUAUGGAACAGGGCUCUCCAACCCUGUUCCUGGAGAGCUACUGUCCUGUAGGUUUUCACUCCAACCCUAAUCUAGCACACCUGAUUCUAAUAAUUAGCUCAGGGAUGGGCAACUGGCGGCCCGUGGAUCCCGCUUUUAGAUUGGUAAAUUAAUCUAACCAGCUACCUAAACUUGUAGUAAUCAUCGUCAAAUUGCUGACUGGGUGGGCCUCAUUGAUUUUGUAAGUUACUCUCACAUAGAUAUCAUAUUGACAUGCAAACAUUUUGGCAAUCUCAUUUCUCCCUUCAGAAUUGAUCCCAUGGAUCAUGUUAGUCUCUGCCUCUAUGGAGGACAGUGUUGUUUGUGGUGGAACAUAAGUUUUAACCCUGAUGAUCACCCUGGUAUUGCUCCCACAGGGUUAACGGCCAGACUGAUGACGCACAGCUUCUGGGUCAACCUCAGAGCAAUGGAUGCGUGCCAUAUAGAAGGUGAGAAUGUGUAUUUCAUUCCAAACACUUUUGUCUGUAUGUAACUCCUGAGUGGCGCAGUGGUCUAAGGCACUGCAUCGCAGUGCUAACUGUGCCACUAGAGAUCCUGGUUCGAAUCCAGGCUCUGUCGCAGCCGGCCGCGACCGGGAGACUCAUGGGCAGCGCACAAUUGGCCCAGCGUUGUCCAGGGUAGGGGAGGGAAUGGCCGGCAGGGAUGUAGCUCAGUUGAUAGAGCAUGGCGUUUGCAACGCCAGGGUUGUGGGUUCGAUUCCCACGGGGGGCCAGUAUAAAAAAAUAUAAAUAAAAAAAUAUGUAUUCACUAACUGUAAGUCGCUCUGGAUAAGAGCGUCUGCUAAAUGACUAAAAUGUAAAUGUAAAGUUGCAUGUGAUGGUAGAGGAGGUUCAAUAACUGUUUGAGGUCAUGUUUCCUGAUCCAGUCUGUAUCUUACUCCACAGGGAAUCACACCUGACCGAUGGGGCUCCAGGUCAGGGUGCUGGUGAGACUUCACCCCUCUUCUGCAGGUGAGUCAGUCCUCUGUAAUUUAGGCCAUGAACAUGUAGACCAUGUGUACCCCCCUAAAACAGAUCCUUAAAUUCUUAUUCAUGUAAUAAUCACCCUUAGAAGCCCAGUAGAGGAAGGUGUGCUAGAAGGGGAGGACAGGAAGCCCACAGACAGUGGGGGAACAUACCCUGAAUCCUGUCAGAAGACACAUGCUGAACCCCCUGACAUCAGGUAAACUUCACUACAUAUUGAUACAUCCUCACCAACCCCAUCGUCACUUGGUUCAUGUUAGCCUCCGUCUCUAUAGGGGACAGUAUUAUGGUGGAUCGUGAAUGUUGAUGUCUUAUUUCUUCAACAGGGUUAACGACAAGACCAAGGAACAGACUCCUGAUGCACAGAGUCCAGGACCUCCUCAGAUGAAUGGACGACCUCCCAUGUCUAACAGAGUUGCAAAGGAGACCACUGGUCUAUUGGACAAACAGGCCUUGGACAAGGACCAAGUCAGCAAACCUGAGUUAAUAGUAAGUACUGUUUAUGCCAACUGGUGAAUUGUUUGGCUUAGUAUCUAAAAUGACAGGGCUGGUUGUCUUUUUGCUCCAGCAUAUUUGUAACUCUUGUGUUUUUCCUAAGGACAAAGGACCUAAUGACAUGGAGUCAAGAACAAGCGGUGGACGUUUGUAUAACAAAAGAGAACCUAAUAAGAUAUGAUAAGAUACAGUAAUAUAUGAUAUACAGUGCAUAUUAUAAGAUACACAUAUGUGACUAGCUUCAUCAUAAUCAGUCAUAUCAACCCCAAGACACAUUCUGAGCAGUGUGUUUUAAUGAACAGUGAUUUUCAGAAACCUCAACAGUUUAUUAAGUUAAUUCUCUAUGCGACUGCUGUAAUCUGGAUAGGUUAGGAAACAUGUUCUAGUGAAAUCAGUUGAAAUUCAAAAACAGCCCAAGACUUUUAGAUAACUAAAAUGACAAAAUUACUAUUAUCUAAAUUAUUAUUAUCUACAUUUUGUAUUACUAUUGAAAAUGACUGCGACUUAUGACUGAUUAUGAUACAGCAUGUCACAUAUUAGCUAUACAACAUUAUAAUGAUAUGAAAGUAUGGUAAGAUCAUACUUACACUAGUAUUGUAUAAUAUACAUACAAGCUAAUAUAUAUCACAUUCACAUGAGAAGAUGGAUAAAACGUAAACCUCUUUACUAUAGACAUUUCCAAGGUCAUGAGGUCUCAAUGUCUUGUGGACAUGUCAAAUACAGCUAAACAUUGACCCAGCGUUAUUUACACAGUAUAUACAAAAGUAUGUGGACACCGCUUCAAAUGAGUGGAUUUGGCUAUUUCAGCCACACCGUGUCUGACAGAUGUAUAAAAUCGAGCACACAGCCAUGCAAUCUCCAUAGACAAACAUUGGCAGUAGAAUGGCCUUACUAAAGAGCUCAGUGACAUUCAAUGUGGCACCAUCAUAGGAUGCCACCUUUCCAACAAGUCAGUUCAUCAAAUUUCUGCCCUGCUAGAGCUGCCCCUGUCAACUGUAAGUGCUGUUAUUGUGGAGCAACAACGGCUCAGCCCCAAAGUGGUAGGCCAGCCAAGCUCACAGAAUGGGACCGCUGUGUGCUGAAGCACGUAACGCGUAAAAAUCGUCUGUCCUCGGUUGCAACACUCACUACCGAGUUCCAAACUGCCUCUGCAAGCAUCGUCAGCACAAUAACUGUUCAUCAGGGCUUCAUUAAAUUGGGUUUCCAUGGCCGAGCAGCCGCACACAAGCCUAAAAUCACCAUGCACAAUUCCAAGCGUUGGCUGGAGUGGUGUAAAGCUUGCCGCCAUUGCACUACGAAGCAGUGGAAACGUGUUCUCGAGAGUGAUGAAUACCGCUUCACCAUCUGGCAGUCCAUCGGACAAUUCUGGGGUUGGUAAAUGCCAGGAGAAUGCUACCUGCCCCAAUGCAUAAUGCCAACUGUAAAGAUGGAAUAAUGGUCUGGACCUGGUUUUCAUGGUUCAGGCUAGGACCCUUAGUUCCAGUGAAGGGAAAUCUUAACGCUACAGCAUACAAUGACAUUCUAGAUGAUUUGGUGCUUCCAACUUUGUGGCAACAGUUUGGGGAUGUCCCUUUCCUGUUUCAGCAUGACAAUGCCCCCAUGCACAAAGUGAGGUCCAUACAGAAAUUAUUUGUCGAGAUCGGUAUGGAAGAACUUGACUGGCCUGCACAGAGCCCUGACCUCAACCCCAUCGAAAACCUUUGGGAUGAAUUGGAACGCUGACUGCGAGCCAGGCCUAAUCUCCCAACAUCAGUGCCCGACCUCACUAAUGCUCUAGUUGCUGAAUGGAAGCAAGUCCCCGCAGCAGUGUUCCAACAUCUAGUGGAAAGCCUUCCCAGAAGAGUGGAGGCAGUUAUAUCAGCAAAGGAGGGACCAACUCCAUAUUAAUGCCCAUGAUUUUGGAAUGAGAUGUUUGACGAGCAGGUGUCCACAUACUUUUGGUAAUGUAGUUUAGAAGAGACGUCAUUCUCACAGUGCCCAGUCUAAGAAGCUCUAUUUUACUGAAGCAAUUAAUAAUUAUUUCUGAAUUGAGAGCUAGCAUGUCAGUGUUAAAAUAACUUGCAUGUCCCAACUUCAGCAACAUUUUUCCUUUAGAGACUAGAAGAUACUACAACAGACUUUAUUUAAACCCCCGUUUUCAUAGGAAAGCAUGAUUGACCAGUUAAAACAGUUAACACUUCAUAUGGAUGUUCUCUUUAUAAUGCAUUAAAGGUGCGUUAAUAACACCUUCUAUGCAUAAUGUAUCAUAAUGCACAACAUAGGUGCUAAUAACUACUCAUGAACAUCUAUAACUGCAUAGAGCAUUAUCACCAGGAUGUGUAAUGCCUUAUGAAGCAAAGUAUUACUAUGCUAGAUGCCAUAUUUGAAAAGCUCAUUAGGAGCAUUUUAUUAUACAUUCUGUGCUCAUUAAGUGGUAGGCUAUAUUCUAAUUUCACUGCACACCCUCUUACACCUAUGUACUUUGUCUUGCAGGCAUAAAGGGAUAAUUCACCCAUAUUGCAAAAUUACAAAAUUACAUACCCUGUAAGCAGUCUAUGGACAAGGUAAGAAAGCAAUCAAUGCUUUGGUUUUGUUUACUCUACUUGGUCACAGAAAUGCUAACGUUGUAGCAUUUGUGGCACAAAUCCAAGUCAAUAAUCCUGUUAUAAGCAUUUUUCGCAAAUCAUCAUGAAGUGUCUACACUUGAUUGUGUAGCUCAAUUAAGUUAUUUUAAGAUGAUUUGGACAUAAAGCACAUAAAAAAUGCUUUAAAGGGGAUACUGCCUUAACAUUACUUGACAUUGGAUUCGAUCUACAAAGUUAGCGUUUGAAGACAGUGGCCAGGUAAACAAAACCAUAGCAUGGAUUGCUCUCUGAGCUUCUCCAUAGACUGUUUACAGGGUAAGGAAACCAAAUGUCAUUUGUCAUUUAGGUGAACUGUACCCUUUAACGGGAGUGUGGAACUCCUACGUGAAGUUGUUACAGUAUACCCCUCUGACACAUUUCCUAAAGAGCAUUUCAUGUAGGUCUUAUCACUUAGCUUCAUAAUCAUAAGGCGUUAUGCUGCCUGGAAUAUAUAGACAUUUGUUAGCAGCCAUUAGUGCCUAUGUAAUGUAUUAUAAUCUAUAAUGCAUAGAUGAUAAGGUAUUUAUAAAGGCACUUGUAACGCAUUAUGAAAAGGGUAUUCAUAGGAAGUGUUACCCGCAGUUCUUGAGGAAGGAACUGUACCCCAUGUCCCCACCUACUGGUGACAUUGUGCAAGAUACCACACCUUUAGACAUGGUGUAGCUAUGUUGAUAUUUGUGUUCACCGUUUCAUUAGAAUGUUUAUCACAUUGAGAGUAUCUGUCAGGUCAAAUGACUUAGGUGAAUUACAUACCCACAUACUUUGAGACCUUAUAACCUUAGUGUCAGAAAAGGUUCAUUUUCUUCAUAUUUUGAUGAUGGUUAUUUUACUUACUUGUAAUGUAUUUGAUAUGUCAUGUCUGUGGGUUGGUCCCAUACAUGUAUGAAUGUCUUUCGUCUGAUGCUUUUAUGGUUAGUUACCUUAUACAUGUAUUUAGUUUGAUUUUCUUAUUACAUUUUCAUUACCAAUUUAUAGUACUAUGCAUUUUGACUGUUGGAUUGACAGUCUGCUCAUACAUUGCUUAUAAUCAACCAAUACAAGUGAGUGAGUGAAGACUAUUGUUUAAUGAACGACUCAGGUCUGAUGUAUACAAUUGUCCCUCAUAAUCUCUUGUAUUAUUUGUAACAAACCUUCUGCAUGUAUUCGUUUGAACCUCCACAUUAUUGUCAUUGUCAUAUAUACUUUUAAGCCUGCAAAUUUAGGAAGGCUAUUCUGCAGAGUUUAAUUUUUUAUAUAAUAGAAAUGUAGAAGCUAAGAUUGCUUCUUAUUAUUAUAAUAUGCAUUUCAUUCCCUUUUAUCAUUAAAACAUUCCUUUCCAGCAUGUGGUUGUGUUUUCUUUAAAUGAGACACUCUGUAAUGGAGGGAAAGAUCAAACUGAUUAUUUAUUUUGUAUUCUGUCACUCUUGUUUUCAGUUUUACAAGUUUAUGCAGACACACACACGUGCCACACUAAUGCUCCUGGGUUCUACAGUAGCUACUGUAGACCCUCAUAUAAGUGAUCAUGUACAUAGACUGUAUGGAGUCUAAAGUACUGUCUGUCUGAUGCGUUCACCAGUAACACACAGGAGACAAUGAUGGUAUGGCACAGUAUGGUACAAUAUGGUAUGGAUGAUGACUUUACUGAUGUUUUCCUAUUUCUUCCCACUCUGAAAUGUACCACGUGAUUGUAAUAAUGAUAUUCUCUUCACACCCUCCACUCACUGAAGGUCAGAUGUCACAGUUAACCUAGAGUGUUCAUCAUCUUUAUAAACAUGUUAAAAACGCUAACUGCUUGUGAUCACUUUACCCAUUGAAUCAUUCAAAGAGUUGUCUACCAUGAGCUAAAGUUAUCCACCAUGAAGUAAAGCUAUCCACCAUGAGGUAAGAUUCAACAAAAGUACAGUACAACAAGAGCCCCUUCUAUUGGUCAGAAGUGUUGUGUGCAGGACCCUGAGUUUAUACUGACCUUGUGACCUUCUAGACAGGUAGGAGGAGACAGGUAAUAUGGACUUAGAAAUGAGUUCUGCACCUUAGACACAGAUUGCAGUGCACCACCUACAGUGCACUAAAGCAUAACACUAUUAUCAGACUGCCCCACCAGUAGGAAUCAGACAAGUUGUCAUCCUACUGGAGGCUUUACAUGGUGAAAGGAAAAUUGAUUGAAAAUAUUGUGACUUUUUCAUUUGAAUGCCUUAAUUAGUUUAAUGUUCACAAAACGUUACAAUAUUUCUCCAACAAACCAGAUGGGUUUAUUGUUGCUCCUCCUUGUGAUGUAACUUCUGUUUAUGACUCAACAAGAGAAAUGCUGUCUUUCCCGCCUUCAUUUGCUUUGCACCGACAGACUGGAACUCAGCACGCACCACGCAGUUGUUUGUAAUAAGGGGUCAAAAUGUCAUUUUCUUCUCUAUUUGGUUUAUUAUUGACAAUCCUCCUGUUAAUUCAAGGUAAGAACAUUGUCUUGACUUUGUAUUUUUCUGGGUGCGCUGACUUUUCAUAUGUUUUAGUCUCCCCAAUGUGUGGGAGCCACCCUGAAUUCCUGGCACGUAUUUAGUGUAGUUGGUUUAGCUUUUUGGAUGUCUUGAGGGUUUGCUUAUCUCUUUGCUAUUUGCCGUUCAAUUUGAAAAAGUUACAUAUCUCAGGAAAGAAAGAUUGCAAAAUACAAAUUGUCCCACAACCAGUUUCUCUUCAAAAUAGCGUUGGCAGCAAAGCAUUUUUGGGGGCGUUGGCUACAGUACCAGCACUGUUACAGUAUAUUUUUGGUUGUGAGAUGUCUCUCCUGCACUCCUACAAACUACAGUGGGGAGAACAAGUAUUUGAUACACUGCCGAUUUUGCAGGUUUUCCUACUUACAAAGCAUGUAGAGGUCUGUAAUUUUUUAUCAUAGUUACACUUCAACUGUGAGAGACGGAAUCUAAAACAAAAAUCCAGAAAAUCACAUUGUAUGAUUUUUAAGAAAUUAAUUUGCAUUUUAUUGCAUGACAUAAGUAUUUGAUCACCUACCAACCAGUAAGAAUUCCGGCUCUCACAGACCUGUUUGUUUUUCUUUAAGAAGCCCUCCUGUUCUCCACUCAUUACCUGUAUUAACUACACCUGUUUGAACUCGUUACCUGUAUAAAAGACACCUGUCCACACACUCAAUCAAACAGACUCCAACCUCUCCACAAUGGCCAAGACCAGAGAGCUGUGUAAGGACAUCAGGGAUAAAAUUGUAGACCUGCACAAGGCUGGGAUGGGCUACAGGACAAUAGGCAAGCAGCUUGGUGAGAAGGCAACAACUGUUGGCGCAAUUAUUAGAAAAUGGAAGAAGUUCAAGAUGACGGUCAAACACCCUCAGUCUGGGGCUCCAUGCAAGAUCUCACCUCGUGGGGCAUCAAUGAUCAUGAGGAAGGUGAGGGAUCAGCCCAGAACUACAUGGCAGGACCUGGUCAAUGACCUGAAGAGCGCUGGGACCAUGUCUCAAAGAAAACCAUUAGUAACACACUAUGCCGUCAUGGAUUACAAUCCUGCAGCGCACGCAAGGUCCCCCUGCUCAAGCCAGCGCAUGUCCAGGCCCGUCUGAAGUUUGCCAAUGACCAUCUGGAUGAUCCAGAGGAGGAAUGGGAGAAGGUCAUGUGGUCUGAUGAGACAAAAAUAUAGCUUUUUGGUCUAAACUCCACUCGCCGUGUUUGGAGGAAGAAGAAGGAUGAGUACAACCCCAAGAACACCAUCCCAACUGUGAAGCAUGGAGGUGGAAACAUCAUUCUUUGGGGAUGCUUUUCUGCAAAGGGGACAGGACGACUGCACCGUAUUGAGGGGAGGAUGGAUGGGGCCAUGUAUCGCAAGAUUUAGGCCAACAACCUCCUUCCCUCAGUAAGAGCAUUGAAGAUGGGUCGUGGCUGGGUCUUCCAGCAUGACAACGACCCGAAACACACAGCCAGGGCAACUAAGGAGUGGCUCCGUAAGAAGCAUCUCAAGGUCCUGGAGUGGCCUAGCCAGUCUCCAGACCUGAACCCAAUAGAAAAUCUUUGGAGGGAGCUGAAAGUCCGUAUUGCCCAGCGACAGCCCCGACACCUGAAGGAUCUGGAGAAGGUCUGUAUGGAGGAGUGGGCCAAAAUCCCUGCUGCAGUGUGUGCAAACCUGGUCAAGACCUAUAGGAAACGUAUGAUCUCUGUAAUUGCAAACAAAGGUUUCUGUACCAAAUAUUAAGUUCUGCUUUUCUGAUGUAUCAAAUACUUAUGUCAUGCAAUAAAAUGCAAAUUAAUUACUUAAAAAUCAUACAAUGUGAUUUUCUGGAUUUAUGUUUUAGAUUCCGUCUCUCACAGUUGAAGUGUACCUAUGAUAAAAAUUACAGACCUCUACAUGCUUUGUAAGUAGGAAAACCUGCAAAAUCGGCAGUGUAUCAAAUACUUGUUCUCCCCACUGUUUAUCACUAUAUGUUAAUGUUAUCAGGGUCUGCAAACUUAAACUGUUUUUAUUUAAUCAAAACACAUCUGGUUUGUGUCGUAAGUUUCAAAUGUUCUAUUUAACCUUUGUUUAACCAGGAAGUGGUCAGAGUAUCUCUCCCAAGGGAUACCUGGAUAGAGGUACAAGGCUUUAUAUUAGUUAGACUGUGGAAGAUAAGAGGACAGGGUUAACCUGUUAGCCUAGUAUAAUGUAGCUUAGCUUAAUCAUGAACACAGAAAGGUGUGGUGCAGCUGAACUAGCCACACAGACCCCCCAUUCACCCCUCCCUCCCUCCCUCCCUCCCUCCCUCCCUCCCUCCCUCCCUCCCUCCCUCCCUCCCUCCCUCCCUCCCUCCCACUCCUCUCCACCAACCCCCAUUAUUCCAAAUUCCUCCAAAUUCCAGAAGUGAAACCUGUUACCCUCUGUAUCCUCCCACCCCCAAACUUUGAAAAAGAAAGAUGGAUGGAGGGAGGAGAGGAUAUAUGGCUACAAAUAGUGAUGCAAACAUGAUCAUACGUUAUCGUCGUUAUAAAGCAGGCUGCUUCUUCUGGACAUUUGUAUCUCUUCAACAGCAGUAAUUAAAGAUAUGUGCUCUAGAUGGCUGUGGUAAUUGUUUUUCAACACACAAUAUCUCUUCCUCCUUUUUUCUACAGGAUGUUGGGGCGAAGAAGAAACAAAGAAUGUUAGUUGUGCAAGCCUCCGAUUUGGAAAUACUUACAAAUACUGUGUAGAUGAGAAGGAGAAACCUAAAUGUGUGGAUUGGGACUCAGUGGAUUCCAAUAAUGUAAGAUAUCUGUUUAUUGUAUCUCACAAGACUCUCGUGACUACAACUACAGAUGAUGUACGACUUGCAAACUGGGGAUUCAAUAUGAUUCACAGGCUUCACUAUCAGACUACUGUAGAAUCAGAAAUAUGACUGUCUUUCACACUUCAGUGUAGACAGUAGAUACAUUUUAAUGACAAAUGUAUUCAAACAUGUAGAAGAUUGUUUUUGAGUGGUAGAUGUCCAACUUUACUUAUGUAUUUUUUCUUCCACAGACUUCUAUGCGGCUUGCGGAACUUUGCCAACACAAAAAGACUACAGAAGCACCCACUACUCCAGUAUCACCCUCCCAGAGUGUGUGAACGUAAACCACAUUGCCAGAAGUGAUUUGACUGUGAGUAUGGCUAUUUAUCACUGCCGUUUAGGCUAUGUACAGUUACCUUGUAAAGUACAAUACCAGAUCAAACAUUCCAGUUGCAUGUUAACAAUAUGAUUAUAAAAAGUAAAUAUAUUGAUGUUAUCAUAUUUCGGAAUCAGGAGCAUUGGACCCAUUUCAAUUUGUCCGGUGCAUCAGGUGAGAUGUGUAUAUUGCUUUUCAAGUUUGUUGUUUUGUUUCACAUAUUCAUAUAUAUAUAUAUAUACAGUGAGGGAAAAAAGUAUUUGAUCCCCUGCUGAUUUGUACGUUUGCCCACGACAAAGAAAUGGUCAGUCUAUAAUUUUAAUGGUAGGUUUAUUUGAACAGUGAGAGACAGAAUAACAACAAAAAAAUCCAGAAAAACGCAUGUCAAAAAUGUUAUAAAAUGAUUUGCAUUUUAAUGGAGGGAAAUAAGUAUUUGACCCCCUCUCAAUCAGAAAGAUUUCUGGCUCCCAGGUGUCUUUUAUACAGGUAACGAGCUGAGAUUAGGAGCACACUCUUAAAGGGAGUGCUCCUAAUCUCAGUUUGUUACCUGUAUAAAAGACACCUGUCCACAGAAGCAAUCAAUCAAUCAGAUUCCAAACUCUCCACCAUGGCCAAGACCAAAGAGCUCUCCAAGGAUGUCAGGGACAAGAUUGUAGACCUACACAAGGCUGGAAUGGGCUACAAGACCAUCGCCAAGCAGCUUGGUGAGAAGGUGACAACAAUUGGUGCGAUUAUUUGCAAAUGGAAGAAACACAAAAGAACUGUCAAUCUCCCUCGGCCUGGGGCUCCAUGCAAGAUCUCACCUCGUGGAGUUGCAAUGGUCAUGAGAACGGUGAGGAAUCAGCCCAGAACUACACGGGAGGAUCUUGUCAAUGAUCUCAAGGCAGCUGGGACCAUAGUCACCAAGAAAACAAUUGGUAACACACUACGCCGUGAAGGACUGAAAUCCUGCAGCGCCCGCAAGGUGCCCCUGCUCAAGAAAGCACAUAUACAUGCCCGUCUGAAGUUUGCCAAUGAACAUCUGAAUGAUUCAGAGGAGAACUGGGUGAAAGUGUUGUGGUCAGAUGAUACCAAAAUUGAGCUCUUUGGCAGUAACUCAACUCGCCGUGUUUGGAGGAGGAAGAAUGCUGCCUAUGACCCCAAGAACACCAUCCCCACCGUCAAACAUGGAGGUGGAAACAUUAUGCUAACAGGGAGGGGGGGGGUUCUGCUAAGGGGACAGGACAACUUCACCGCAUCAAAGGGACGAUGGACGGGGCCAUGUACCGUCAAAUCUUGGGUGAGAACCUCCUUCCCUCAGCCAGGGCAUUGAAAAUGGGUCGUGGAUGGGUAUUCCAGCAUGACAAUGAACCAAAACACACGGCCAAGGCAACAAAGGAGAGGCUCAAGAAGAAGCACAUUAAGGUCCUGGAGUGGCCUAGCCAGUCUCCAGACCUUAAUCCCAUAGAAAAUCUGUGGAGGGAGCUGAUGGUUCGAGUUGCCAAACGUCAGCCUCGAAACCUUAAUGACUUGGAGAAGAUCUGCAAAGAGGAGUGGGACAAAAUCCUUCCUGAGAUGUGUGCAAACCUGGUGGCCAACUACAAGAAACGUCUGACCUCUGUGAUUGCCAACAAGGGUUUUGCCACCAGUUACUGAGUCAUGUUUUGCAGAGGGGUCAAAUACUUAUUUCCCUCAUUAAAAUGCUAAUUAAAUUAUAACAUUUUUGACAUGCGUUUUUCUGGAUUUUGUUGUUGUUAUUCUGUCUCUCAUUGUUCAAAUAAACCUACCAUUAAAAUGAUAGACUGAUCAUUUCUUUGUCAGUGGGCAAACUUACAAAAUCAGCAGGGGAUCAAAUACUUUUUUUCCCUCACUGUAUAUAUAUAUAUAUAUAUAUAUAUAUAUUGUCUUGUUCUAGAUGAGCCAAAGAAGCCUUUGGAGAAAGCGCCUGACAGUCAGAAUAAAACUGCAGGUGAGUGUUCCUCUGUAUUAACAGAGCAGAGCAUAUUGAAGGAGGGCUGUUGUUUCCAGUGGCUCUCUGUUGGGUAGUCAUCAAAAUGCUUCUCUGUUAUGAAUUUCAUUAACUAUGUUUAUCCUGUUAUUUUUAAGAUAAUGUAAAGCAGGAUUUCGACCACAAAAUCCCCAACCAUGACACUCGCCCAUGGCUCAUCCCAGGUGAGUGAGUUCAGGUGAUCAUUGUGUGGUAAAGUAACACUCUCUUAUUAGGCUUAAAAACAUGAAAUAGUUAAAAAACUAUCAUUGCCAUUAUCAAUGGGCAAAACUAUGUUCAAUCAUUUAAGUAUUAUUGCAUCUCUGACAAGUGAUCGUUGCAGUCAAAUUCCACUUGACCGUUGAGUAGCCAACCUGUCAGGCAUGACAAUGAACUGCGGGAAAAGUGUCCUCCAUUUGCAAUUCAAGUGCAUAGUCUUUUUUCCCCUGCCCCUGUUCUAACAGGGGCAUGAUAAUGGCCCAUUCUAAAUCAAAACUAAUUUCAAAUAUAUAUUAUUUGGUACAUGUAAAGACAAGAUUAAAUUGAGAAUAGUCUGAUGAGUGAGAAUAUUAUCACUUGUGAAUGAUGCCCAGCGUGUGCUGGGCAUCAUUCACAAGUGACAGGCAAGAAACAGCGCAUUAUUUGUGACUUUUUCAAAUCAGAGUCGCGUGCAUCAUGUAGCCUAUAGCCCAUAGGCCUGUAUGUUUUGAUAAGGUUUUAUUUUCUGGAUUUAUUGACCGACGGCCUGUAAGGUCCGGAAAGAUAUGUACAUGUAGUAGUAUUCUAGUAUUCAGCCCAACUAAAAAGCUUCAACUUCUGGAGAACACAGAAUCCAGCAAAUAUCUAUUUGAGGAUCAACCAUCCAUCAAUUCUUGAGUAAGAAGUACUUUCACUGUAUAAUGCUGAAUAUUCUACAAAGUUCAACAAAUUACUUUACACAUUUUCACAAUACAUCAAGAUCAAAUCAGAAUGUCUGCUGCAGUUGUGACUAUCUCCAGCGAUGCAAAAGCUGAUGUCAAGGAAAAUGAGAACUGGAGCAAGGUUGUGGGACGAAAUGCCUCCUCCUGACAAAGGAGGAGACCAUGGCCAACACCAUCAAUGAGGAGGAGCUCUACCACAGUCUCAUACAUGAAAUUAAUCCAAACCACGUGCACUCUGGCAUAUAUACAGUAUCUUCUCAGUAAUGAAGCAAGGGUGAAGCUUCUGAUCAGAGGAAUAACAGUCAGAGGAAAACAUGUAGAGUUCAAAGAGAACAAUCCUUUCAGUUUGAAGUCGGGCAUGGCUGACCAUAACUCAAUUCAAGUUACAAUUAAAGAACUACAUGAAUCAGCAGAUGAUAGAGUACAGUCCCACUGUAGAAGGGGUCAGGUGAUGGUAGAGUACAGUCCCACUGUAGAGGGGGUCAGGUGAUGGUAGAGUACAGUCCUACUACACUGGAAAACAUAAGGUGCAGAGAGGAAACUUUCUCACACUAUGUGCAGGACAACAAUCCUGUUCCCAUGAGUAGGGCAGACGUACCACAUAUCUCAGCUGAAAUGACAGAAAGUGAGAUUGAGGUUGAACAGGAUAAUUCCUCAGCUCCCAAGGACAAAGGUGGAGUGAAUGAAACAUUGGAGUUGGUACCUGGUAAGCCAGAGUCUACAACAAUGACCUCUCAAUCUAAGACAAAUAAGAAGAAUAGGAAAAAUGCUACAAAUGAAGCUAGGAAAGUUUCUACUAAGCCGAGUGACAAUCGGAACCAAAUAAAAAAAUAGAAGGAUAAGAAGGGUCCCUGAAGGAGGUGCAACUCUCUGGGGAAUACUAAAGAAGGCAGCCAAACAUCAAUGCUGGCCUUCAUUCAAACAAUCCAGAACCAACAAACACCCUACUGGCCCGGAGCACCAAGCUCCCCAUCAGACUGGAGUUAGGACACCUGCAGAAAAGAAGACUGAUAUUGAGGAUGUAAUUCAGGGAGAAGUGGAGAAAAGUCCCCCUAAUGAGCCAUCCACACAAAAAUCAUUGAUGAAUGGUGGAACAUGAAUUAAUGAAAUCAUCUAGGUGUGAGUAGCUUAUAUUACCGGGUUCAGAGAAGGACAUUCUGUGUAUAACCCAUUUCAAGAGAAUGUGCAAUCUGCAGAUAAUCUCACCUUAAUGCAAACUCUUGAUACAUGUCAAAAACAAAACCUGCCUUCAAGACAGAAACUCAGUUCCCUUAACCCAGCGAUUUGAAAACACCGUACCGUGAACCCUUUUCAAACCGUUAAUGAGGUUAAAGUGCUCUGGGACCCUCGUUCCAAGCCUACAGAAAUACUGUAUUAAGUCAUCCGAAUAUUCCUAUCGUUAUUUCUAAGAGGGAACAGGUGGAACAUUUAUUGACUGACUCUAAUCUUGAUUUUAGAUUUUUCUCUGAGAAAAUGGCUAAAUAAAUCUUCUCCUAUUUCUGCCUUUAAUGUCCCUGGAUACUCCAUAUUCAGGAGGGACAGGGGAUAGGGCAGAUGGGGUGCUUAUUUACAUGAAAGAUACCAUUAAAUGCAAUUGUAUUGAAUGGAAACAUGCCAAUGACAAGUGUCUUGAGAGACCAAUGUCAAUCCCUGGAGAAUUUGUUUUUUUAUGUUCUGUUUUCUGGAUGCCUGCCUGAAGGGAAAGACUGCAUAUCACAUUUUUCUGUGUUGUUCAGUAUUUUGAUUGACUAUGUCAUGUAAAUGACUUUAUUCUCUCUAAUCAUCCAUUAUAGAUGGAGACAAUCCUGAUACAAACCAUGGUGACACUAGUUUGAACUGGAUAAUCAUUGGUGAGUGUUUACGCAAAUCUAUCACCACAGCUUCCUCUGUAUGAGCAAAUUACAAGUAAAUCUGACCACAAAAUGAUGCUACAAAGAUCAACUACUGUUAGAAAGCUAUUUUAAAACCUUUUCAUGUUUGUGUAAAUAUGAUGUCAACAUCUGAUGACUACGUUUUGUUUUUCAGUUGUCGUGGUGGUCAUUGCUGGUCUGCUCUUAGUGCUUUUAUGUGUGCAUAAACCUUGGAGAGACAAACAGCGGUGAGUACCCUAUAUAACUGCUUUUGUGUUUGUGAAGGGAGCUCUUUAAGUCAAUUAGAAUUGUUGCAGAGGGUAUGUGUUAGUUAUGAGGCUAGUUCUCUCUGUCUUACUUUUAGUGUUUAAAGUCAGACCAAUGGGGUCCUAGCAGGUAACAAACAGGAUUAGAACAGCCUGGAACUUGCAGGCCACUUACAGACUAUAGACUUGUCUUCCAUUUUGUCAAGUUACUGUUGUUUAUCAAACAUUAUCCUUCAUUUCUUAUUAAUGUAAUAAUCUCAUCUUUAGCAUCCAAGGCCACAGAGAUGGCUCUCCAACCCUGUUCCUGGAGAGCUACUGUCCUGUAGGUUUUCACUCCAACCCUAAUCUAGCACACCUGAUUCUAAUAAUUAGCUCAGGGAUGGGCAACUGGCGGCCCGUGGAUCCAGCUUUUUACUGUUGAGAGCUAGAAUAGUAGAAUACACAAGGUGUAAUUUCAAAAUGUGGUUGUGCAUCAGCUUUCAAUUGACCCGUGUCAGCUAACAAUUUUUUUGAUUGGUAAAUGAAUCUAACCAGCGACCUAAACGUUCAUUGUAAAUUGCUGACUGGGGGGCCCCAUUGAUUUUGUAAGUUACUCUCACAUAGAUAUCAUAUUGACAUGCAAAAAAAAUUCUCCACCCUAUGACAAAAUGUGUAGAAUUUGCAGGAAAUUAGCUGUAAAACUACACAUUUUUCUCUCCGCCCAAUGGCAAAAUGUGUAGAAUUGCAGCAAACUUUCUUCAAAACUGCAACAUUUUCUCUACUCCCCAUGGCAAAAUGUUGCUUAAGGCCGGGUCUGAAUGCAUGUGUGGGUAUGAAUGUGGGUACGCAGACCAACAAGCCACUGCGGCUCCUCAUAAUGAGUUCCGAUUUUUGUGGCACCCACCCCCAUCAAAGUUGCUCAUCCCUGAAAGCUGGUUAAUAAGCUGCAUCAGGUUAGUUACAACUGGGGUUGAAGAGAGAACCUACAGGAGGGUAGCUCUCCUGGAACAGGGUUGGAAAGCCCUGCUAUAGAAGGCGAAGGAAGAAUUACUCAAUAGGUCCGCAUGGCAUUUCUUAAUACAGGUAAUGUUAAUUGGCAAGCAACAGCUUUCAGCAAAGACCCUGCCUUUUAGAGCCCUGUCCAGGCAGAACAUAACGUAUUCAAGCCAGAAGGGCAACUGGUGUAUUGUUGACUGUGGUGUUAUGUAUUUGUAGAUGUUUCCAGUUCUACCUGUGGGUAUCUGACUGAACCUUUGGUAUAUGUUUCAUCACAGAGACAUCAGAAAGCCUGAUGAAGGUGAGACUGUUGAAGCAGUGGUUGUUCCCAGGUUAGUUAGAAUACCUCUAUUACAUAUUUAAACUCUACUCCAUCCUGGAUCAGUUUGCCUUGCUUAUCCUUUCAGUCAUGGUCAUCAAAAGCUUAUCACUGUCAUAAUCUCACUUUUAGUGACCAAGGAGGUGAGCCAGGAGAGGAGAGCAGGCAGCCGAUGGACAAUGAAGAGACAGGUGCUGACACCCCUCUGCUGAAUGGAGAUGCCAGGUAAACUUUAACACAUGAGUAAUCACCUGUCAGUCCUCUGUAAUGUAGGCUAUGGACAUGGAGAACAUUUGUAUCCUUCCUAAUCAAAAUCCUUAUCAAUGUAAUAAUCUCCCCUUUAACGAUCAAGGAGAGGAAGGCGUACUAGGAGUGGAGGACGGAAAGCCUUCAGACAAUGACCGAGCAGACACUGAAUCCUGUGAGAAGAUACAUGUUAAUUCCCCUCCACCUAAUGUCCCCAAGGUUGUCAGGUAAAUUCUCCACACGAGAACUCCUUUAAUAGAUCCUCAUUAUCCAUUGAAUGACAAUCUAAUUUCUCCCUUCAGAAUUGAUCCCAUGGAUCAUGUUAGUCUCUGCCUCUAUGGAGGACAGUGUUGUUUGUGGUGGAUCAAAAGUGUUAACCCUGAUGAUCACCCUGGUAUUGCUCCCACAGGGUUAACGGCCAGACUGAUGACGCACAGCUUCUGGGUCAACCUCAGAGCAAUGGACGCGUGCCAUAUAUUUUGUCUGUGUUUAAAGUUGCAUGGUUAAAUAACUGUUUGAGGUCAUGUUUCCUGAUCCAGUCUGUAUCUUACUCCACAGGGAAUCACACCUGACCGAUGGGGCUCCAGGUCAGGGUGCUGGUGAGACUUCACCCCUCCUCUGCAGGUGAGUCACUCCUCUGUAAUUUAGGCCAUGAACAUGUAGACCAUGUGUACCCCCCUAAAACAGAUCCUUAAAUUCUUAUCCAUGUAAUAAUCACCCUUAGAAGCCCAGUAGAGGAAGGUGUGCUAGAAGGGGAGGACAGGAAGCCCACAGACAGUGGGGGAACAUACCCUGAAUCCUGUCAGAAGACACAUGCUGAACCCCCUGACAUCAGGUAAACUUCACUACAUAUUGAUACAUCCUCACCAACCCCAUCGUCACUUGGUUCAUGUUAGCCUCUGUCUCUAUAGGGGACAGUGUUUUGGUGGAUCAUGAAUGUGAAUGUUGAUGUCUUAUUUCUUCAACAGGGUUAUCGACAAGACUAAGGAACCGACUCCUGAUGCACAGAGUCCAGGACCUCCUCAGAUGAAUGGACGACCUCCCAUGUUUAACAGAGUUGCAAAGGAGACCACUGGUCUAUUGGACAAACAGGCCUUGGACAAGGACCAAGUCAGCAAACCUGAGUUAAUAGUAAGUACUGUUUAUGCCAACUGGUGAAUUGUUUGUCUUGGUAUCUAAAAUGACGGGGCUGGUUGUCUUUUUGCUCCAGCAUAUUUGUAACUCUGUAACUGUUUUUCCCAAGGACAAAGGACCUAAUGACAUGGAGUCAAGAAGAGGAGAACUGUAACAAGCGGUGGACGUUUGUAUAACAAAAGAAAACCUAAUAAGAUAUGAUAAGAUACAGUAAUAUAUGAUAUACAGUGCAUAUUAUAAGAUACACAUGUGUGACUAGCUUCAUCAUAAUCAGUCAUAUCAACCCCAAGACACAUUCUGAACAGUGUGUUUUAAUGAACAGUGAUUUUCAGAAACCUCAACAGUUUAUUAAGUUAAUUCUCUAUGCGACAGCUGUAAUCUCUAUAUGUUAGGAAACGUGUUCUAGUGAAAUCAGUUGAAAUUAAAAACAGCCCAAUAAUUUUAGAUAACUUAUCUAAAUUAUUAUGAUCUAAAUUAUUAUUAUCUAAAUGUUUAAUUACUAUUAUAUGAAAAUGAGUGAGUGCGACUAAUGACUGUCACAUAUUAGCUAUACAACAUAAUAUAUCAAAUGAUAUGAAAGUAUGGUAAGAUCAUACAGUACUUACUAGUACUUACUAGUAUGUUAUACUAUACAUACAAGCAAUUAUAUGUAACAUACACAUGAAAAGAUUAUUAAAACGUGAACCUCUCUAGUAUAGAAAUUUCCAAGGUCAUGAGGUCUCAAUGUCUUGUGGACAUGUCAAAUAGCUAAACAUUGACUAGGUGAAAUUUAGAGU